CGACGCAGCUAUCCUCUCCUCUCGUAUCAUCUUUCAUCCUCUUCAUAGCCCAAGAGUUUGUACACCGAAGCAACUGCAGAUCAGUUCGUGGUCAUCGCUGUGACAUGAUCAAAGAAGGGGACUACCAUUGCCUUCGUUGCCAAAAACGACAGGAAUAAGCUGCCACGAUGAGUGACACGGUCCAUUUGGGCACAGUCUACACCGGGUCGUCCUCCGGACGCGUGACCAAGCGACAAGGCGGGUCGCGACCGGUUGGGCCACACACUGUCGUCAUCAAGGUGACGCACUCGGGCAUCUGCUGGAGCGACAUGCACUUUCUGAAGGAAGAUGACAUGGUCCUCGGUCACGAGCCCGUUGGUGUCGUCGUGCAAGUCGGAUCUAAAGUCCGCCGCUUCAAGAACGGCGACCGCGUCGGGUGGGGCUGCAUCCACGACAGCUGCUUGAGCUGCACCGAUUGCGUCAAUGGAAAUGACCAGAAUUGCAGAUAUAAAAAAGCUUACGGUUCUCAUGACAGAGAUCAAGGCGGAUUCGGAGACACAGCCUGCAUAGAAGAAUCAUUUGUGCAUAAGAUUCCUGAUGGGCUACCCAUGGAAAAUGCAGCAGUCUUUCAAUGUGCAGGCGCUACGGUCGUUGGUGGUUUAGUUAACGCAGGCGUGCAGCCUUUCGACCGCGUUGCCAUCCUCGGCGUCGGAGGUCUUGGCCAUCUCGCCAUCCAGUUUGCCGCCGCGAUGGGAUGUGCGGUUAUUGCAGUCAGCGGAACCAUGUCCAAGAAGGAGGAGGCUCUGUCGCUCGGCGCGCACGAGUUCGUUUCCAUCAAAGACAAUCCAAGGUUCCAAGGAGUCAAGCCGGUCAAUCACCUUCUUGUCUGCAGCAGCGCACAACCUGACUGGAAGGCACUGUUUCGGUUCGUCAAGCCUCGGGGCACUGUGGUGCCGCUCUCGGUCGCCUUUGGAAAUUUCAAUGCACCGUACAGCGGCUUCCUCAGCAAGGAGCUGCGCGUAAUUGGCAGCCUCGUCUGUGGACGCGACGUGCAUGAGAAGAUGCUUGAGUUCGCAUGCCGUCACGGGAUCAUUCCGAUGAUCGAGCAGGUAAGCAUGACGGAGGAAAACUUAAACACAGCGAUGGACCGUCUCAAAAGGGGGGACGUACGGUAUCGUUUCGUCAUGGUCAACCCAACCAACAAGGGUCUGCUCGCCGAAAGCAAGUUAUGACGAGCACUGCUUUGCUUCAUCAUGGACGAGCGAGGCGGGCAUGAGGUGCUUCACUUUCAUUCGACGUCGGAUGGUCGAACUAUCAGCGGCAGGGAUCAAGCGCUGGCGUCUGGUGCUACACUUAUCAUAUUUAAAUGGAAAUGAGAGAGCCAGUGGGAACGCGAAAGCGAAGGAGCAGGGCGUAGAUCAAAACAAAGACGAAUCAGGAAACCAGGGAAAUGGAGAUAGAAGCUAACAUCCAGUAUGAAAGGGCCAGAGACAAGGCGGCUGCUGUAUUGCUCGUAUUGAGGGGGAGAAAGGUGUAAGAUGCAGGGAUCCUGACCUAGAAUGAGACAGUGUAGCUGGGUUGAAUACGCCUUCCCUGACGUAGCCAGAUGCUGGUGCAAAGGGAAGCAAUGAGUGUGAUAUUGAUGUGCAGCCAAGAGCCAACGCAGGCCCUUCCACUCGCUGCUGAGGUCACUGCAAUUGGAUUGACAUGC